GCUACCCUCAUUAUAUGUCCCGCCGGUGUUCAGCUUCCCUUUCUCUGGUUUUCCAUUUUGUGGGAGCGCUGAUCGCCGGAACCCUAAACCUCGCCGAAACUUGGGCGAUCCUGGUGAGAAGGCGGGUGACUUGGAUCAAGAGAAGCUUCCGACUGGAAGACUUAGGAGGGGGAGUACCACGUUGAGCUUUUCUAGAUCUUGCUCUCUUUCUUCAUCUCUGCAGCCCUUUAUCUUCAGCCCACUGGAAGCUAUGGCAGGAGUAGUUCAGAAGUUCUUUCUUACAUCCAUAAUCAUGUGGAUGGUUCCAAUCGCUAUAAUCUAUGGUUUUAAUCAUCAUAUAUUUCCUGGUUCCAGUCAGCUCUCAUCAUCAUCCCAGACGCUUAUAAGUGGAUUUCUCGCUGUGAUAUCUGUGAAUUUUGUUAUUGCAUUAUACAUCAUUAUGGCCAUGAAGGAACCAACUAAUCAGGAGCCCCAGCCAGAUCCAACCUUCUUAGCUGAAGCCAGAAGGAGCAUAACCCAACCUUCUGGUUCAAUGGCCAGUGAAACUUCUGAAACCCGUGAUAAGGUGGAGUAAAGAAUUAUCAUGAUGUUGCCUCUGCUUUGUGUUGGCUGAGGUCAAAUCCCAUUGAGAAGAUACAUAUUGUUUUUGAGCUCAUCAGCAUUACCUGUAGUUUUGAAUGGUCAGAUCUGCACCUUGCCGUGCCCAAUGUUGGUGAUUACAAAGGGCAAUCUUAGGAUGAGAGCUUUGACCUGAAAAACGGCUUUUUCAACAGUUCCCCUUGAACUGUUUUUCUGGCAAUGGUUUACUGUGCUCUCUACAAAUUCAUUAUUUCAAUCUCUGAUAUUUGGUUUGUGCUCAAGAUAUAUGAGCCAUUUAUUUACUAAAGUUUUAUAUCAAAGUUUUGUGAAUCAAAUGAGUUGACUGGCGAUAUGAGAACUAUUGUAGAAAGCUUAGCUGGAAUCUUCCCAUGUGCUACUGUGCAUUAAUGCAUGUAGUUUUACGUGCAGUCUACUGCCAUUUCCAGCCAAAGAGUUUUUAUUUCUUUGAGGCAAAUGCUCUGAUGAUUGAUUCAUUCUGCCAACUAUUUUCAAGUUCUUCAAUGUCUACAAGCACCAGAU